CUCCUGCCAGCCAAGAGGCCUCUUGCCCUCUUCCCCGCUCCCUCCCUUUCCUUAUCUGCCUGUUGCAAUGUUUAAUGGGGUCUCUCGCCUGUUUUUGUGCUGACUUAAUUAAAAAGCAGCUGUGAGCGAUGCCUUGUGACGGCCUAAUCCCAGCCCGGUGACUACAAAGCUUUUGCCCAGGUUUCUUCCUGCUGCAUUCAGGCCUCUCACUUGCCUGUCUCUCCCUGUUCUAGUGCCUCAUAGCCUCACGCCCUGACUCCUCCAGGACGGUUCAGCUUCUCGUGUCUCUGGACCUGUGGAUGCCAAGGACGCAGCAUGUCUGAAAUGACUGGAACGUUUCGAGUUGUCUCUGAGGAGGAGCAAGCCCUUCGCGCCAAACUCGAGCGACUCACCAUCAAGGACCAUGGCCCUAUCUUUGGCAAGUGUGAGAAAAUCCCUCCACACACCCUGCAGAAGGCGAAGGACGAGCUGAAUGAGACUGAGGAGAGGCGGGAGCCAGCACUGAAGGAGCUGCGGGAACUGGUCCAUGCAGGAGCCAGCGGGCAGGAGGAGCUGGGCAAGGCAGUGGCAGAGAAGGUGCAGGGAAAGGAUGACUCCUUUUUCCUCCGCUUCAUCCGUGCCCGCAAGUUUGACACCCACAGAGCUUAUGAGCUGCUCAAAGGCUAUAUAAACUUCCGCAAUCAGUACCCCGAGCUCUUUGAAGACCUGACACCCGAGGCCGUGCGCAGCACCAUCGAGGCUGGCUACCCUGGCAUCCUGUCCAGCAGGGACAAGUAUGGCCGGGUGGUGAUGCUCUUCAACAUUGAAAACUGGGACUACGAGGAGAUCACCUUUGACGAGAUUCUUCGUGCCUAUUGUGUUAUCCUGGAGAAGUUGCUGGAAAAUGAAGAGACCCAGAUCAAUGGAUUCUGCAUCAUUGAGAACUUUAAGGGCUUCACCAUGCAGCAAGCAUCUGGCAUCAAGCCUGCUGAGCUCCGGAAGAUGGUAGACAUGCUGCAGGACUCUUUCCCAGCUCGAUUCAAGGCCAUCCACUUCAUCCAUCAACCUUGGUACUUCACUACUACCUACAACAUGGUCAAGCCUUUCCUGAAGAGCAAGCUUCUGGACAGGGUCUUUGUGCAUGGGGAUGAGCUGGAUUCCUUCUUCCAGGAGAUUGAUGCCGACAUCCUGCCAGCAGACUUUGGUGGCAACUUGCCCAAAUACAAUGGCCGAGUGGUUGCCGAUAAACUCUUCGGGACUGGGAUUGAGGCUGAAGACACAGCUCUUUAGAGCUGUGCCCAUCCCCUGCUCCCUGUAAAAUAGGAUCAGAGGCAGCCUUUUAACCUAGGCAGCCCUUUUACUGUAGCGGUAUGAUUCCUUGUGAUAAUACACUCUGGGCGCAUUCCUCUAUUCCAGCUAGACUCCAGCCACACCGCUGAGAGGCUAGGAACCCCAUACAACAGGCCUCAGGAAGAGGGCCCUUUCUCCAGAUGCCUGUCAAGGAAAGCUGCCUUUUCCAUGGGACAUCUGGGAAUGGUGAUGAGAAGACAAGACAGGGGCUAGACUGGGAGGAGGAAGCCAGACCCAUUGGAGGAAGCAAUUGGAACAACCACUACACCCCACCUCGCACCUAAGCACUGGGCCAGGGCUGCUGUCCUGCUUGCCAACUUCUUGGGUAAUGCAGUAGUGAACCAGACAGUGUCCAUCACCACAGAAGCCCCUAUGAAAGGCUGCUUGAAACACGUACACAGAGAAAUAAAGCUUUUGACAGAAA